CAUCAUGCAGGACAUCGCAAUUCUUUAAUUGCCCCGCGAGGAACGAGGAGUUAGAAGACUUUCUGAGGAGGCAUGAGCGAGGUUGCACAGAGUACAGAGCCUGCGGUACACGUGAGGGGUCAAGAUCCACUUACAGCCUCAAUGCUGGCAGCUGCACCCUUAAAAGAACAGAAACAGCUACUGGGUGAACGCCUGUACCCCCUUAUACAGGCUAUGCAUCCCAAUCUAGCAGGGAAGAUCACGGGUAUGCUGCUGGAGAUUGACAACUCUGAACUACUACACAUGCUUGAGUCUCCAGAAUCCCUCAACUCUAAGGUUGAAGAGGCAGUAGUGGUUCUUCAGGCUCAUCAAGCCAAGGAGUUGUCAGAUACGAAGUAAAGAAGCUCCUAGAGGCAUGCACACUGAAGUUCCAAGGAGGUGUUUGAAAAGGAGAGAGAAAAGGAAAAAGCACUCUAUAAUGUUGAGUUUGUUCUGAUCUGAUUUUGUUUAAAAAAAAAAAAAAUUACUAACAUACCCUUGGCUAUGUAUAUUGUGUUGGACUUGAUGAGACUAUUUCCAGUGCGCUUAUGUAUUGCUGUUCUUAUGUUGCCAUAAUUGCUUCUAUUGUUUACCUCACUUGUAAGUCGCUUUGGACAAAAGCAUCUGCUAAAUGAUUAAAUGUAAAUGUUUAUAAAAAUGAAAAAAAUGAAAAAUUAUGAAAACCUAAAAAAAUGAAUAUUUGAAAUUUCUGUGUGCAAUAAACAUUAUGCUCACCUAAUGUGCAAAUGUUGUUUCAGACUUGUAUUUUUUCAUUUUUUUUAUCAUAAUCAU